AUGAUGAACACCGCAGAAUUAAAUCCCAACCUAAUCGCAGCACCGCACGAGGUGGGACUCUCAGCGAAACGGCUUACGUGUAUCUCCACGACUUCGCAAAAGUUUAUUGACGAAGAGCGACUCGCGGGUUCGGUCACGGUUGUGGCACGGCGCGGUAAAGUGGCACACUUCGAGGCAUCCGGCAUGAUGAAUGUUGAAGCGAGUAAGCCGAUGCAAAGAGAUACUAUCUUCCCUAUCUAUUCAAUGACCAAGCCGAUCGCCGCCGCCGCAGUAAUGAUGCUCUGUGAGGAAGGAAAACUGCAGCUGGAUGCCCCGGCUUCGACGUACCUUCCCGAAUUAGGUGAGUUGAAAGUAGCGGCGGAUGCAGAGGGAGAAUCACUCACGUUGGUUGAAGCAGAUCGGGAUAUGACCGUCCGCGAUCUGAUGCGUCCACACCGCCGGACUGCCCGAGGUGCACUCGAGGGAAAACAGUUGAUGAAAUCGGAAUCUGUCGAAUUGAUGACGCGCAAUCAUUUACCAGAGUAUUUGAUACCGCUCGAUAAAAAACCGGAUGAACGUUAUGCCGGACUCGGUUUCGGAUUGGGUGUCUCGGUUCGUGUCCAACAAACGGGCUGGGUACCUGCUUCCCAAGUCGGUGAAUAUGGCUGGAUCGGCGGGGCAAGCACCGAAUUCUGGAUCUCACCACGAGACGAAUUGGUGGCGAUCACCCUUGCACAGCAUAUCCCGUUUUCCGAACUGAGCGAGAGGGUUAAACCACUCGCCUACGCAGCAAUCUUAAAGGAAUAG